AUUGAUGCAGCCUUUGCCUUAUUCUGAGUGGCCAAGCUGUGCAUUAAAAUACUAGCCCUGUACUCAAGCGAGUUGAAUAGAUUUUGUCGUUUCCCGUGUACGUUCACACCGCUCUCGUGGUUUUUGUUUUGUCUUUGCACUCCUUGCCUAUUGCUUCCGAGGAGAACGGCGAUUCGGGCAUAAACGUUGCUAAUUGGCGCAAUAUAUGCAUAAUUAAUGUAAUAAAAAGCGAAAGGCUAACGUGAAUGUUUUAUGUAAAUAAUAUACAAAAGUGAACGCUGAGUGGAUAAAAAAUAACACGAAUCUAAUAACAAAACACAACAAAUAACAAAAUCAGUGCAAGGGCGGCGUAAAGAAAGUGGAAAAGAAAAUUCUGCGUAGCAAACAAACCGGUCGGCGCACAACAUACAGACAUACACACAUGCAUACAAAUACAUACGAAAACGUCGUCAAUAUAAUAUCGUAUGCAAAAGACGCAUUUUAAACAAAACUACAAAACGUCGUGUACUCAAAAAGUAAAAACGUACGCAAAACGUACAAUAUAUACAUACAAAUAACAGACUGUUUUCCACAUUUAUAUAUUUGCGCUGACCAAACGAAAAACGCAAAAGGCGGCCGCCAUAUGCGACUGCGACUUGGACUGCCGUUGCGGCUGCGGGGGUGACAGCGCCAGAGGCGUACUUAAGGUGGUGAGAGCUAAAACGACGCGACGCAACGCAACGCAAUACAACGUUCACCUUUCGCGUAUUGUAAAUUGUUUUUGCAAACACACAAACUAACCCCUCCGACCGACCAAACGACCGACCGACCGGCCGCGCUGCAGCAGCAUCGUGUGUUCCACUUUCGUUAGGCAGCGCCCCUUUUGCUACUACUAUGCACACGCUGUCCUGAUUUCGAUGCAAUAAACAGGGAGAGCGAGAAAGACAGUGAGCGGAGGACUUACUAGUGAAAAUGUACUUGUAUUAGUGAUCAGUAGCAGCUUUCAUGAUAAGCUCACUCUCUUGUGUAAAAGGGAGAUAAAGAGAGCGCGGAUCAAUUUGACAAUGUAUUAGUGAUCAGGAGCAGCAAAAUACAUCCUCUUGUGCUCUCCUUCAUGUGUGUGUGUGCUUAUGUGCGUGUGCCAAAUUACAUUUAAUUAAUCAAAGAGCGCAUUUUUCAUAAAAUGCAACGGAGCUGGUACAGCGACUGCAGCAGGCAGCUUUUGACGCUGCCCGCAAAGGCGGCGCUUGCAUAGGAGAGUCGCCUGGCAGUCAGCAGUAGAAGCAGCAGCAGCAGCAGCAACAGCAGCAGCAGCUGGAGUAGUGGACAGAGUCGGGAUUCAAAUGUCGUCGUCGAGCAACGGCGGCAUCAAUAGUGCCACAAAUGGCCGCAGUGGCAGCACUGGCAGCGCCAACAUAAAUCUUAAUCUCAAGGCCAAAACGGGAGCUACAAUCGCCACAGCAACAACAACGACAACGACACACAAGACUUUGCCGGAUCUGAAGACACAGCGGAGCAACAGCAGCGCCGGCAGCGGCAUUGGCAUUGUGGCCAAAACCUUGGCCACGCAUCGACGAGAUAGUUCGCAUGUGGAGAAGUCGCAGCUGCCGGAGCGACCGCUCAGCUAUGGACCGCCGCAGCAGAACAAGCCUCUGGUCCUCAGCAAGGAACCGAAGGAGGGACACUUGGUCUACUGCGACGGCAAGCUGCAGGCCGGCACGCUGCAGUCGCUCAUCAUGCAUAUGGUGCCCACGCACGACUACUAUCCGGAGCAUAAUUAUCUGUUUGCAUUUCUGUUAAGCGGACGCCUGUUUAUUCGGCCGUACGAACUGCUCGCCCAGAUCUCCAGCAACUGGGAGCUACAACAGCAGCCAGCUGGCGACGUGGUCGAUGAGGCUGUGGCUCAGCCGCCAUCGUUGCCGCUGCACUUGAACUCUGCCUCGCCGCUGGCACAGCGCAAAGGAUCAGCGGCAUCUACAGCAACAGUUGGACCUGGGCAGGAGGUGGAGCUGGAGCCGAAGCCGCAACAGCGGACUUGGACGCAGCGAUCGGCGCAACAUUGCAUUCGAUUGCUAUCCGAAUGGAUUGAGAUCUUUCCGUAUGACUUUCGGGAUGAGCGACUGAUGCAGCAGGUGCGCAUCUUGGCCAGGAAAUGUGUUUACAUUGACAAUUCGCUGGGCAAGCAGGUGUCACGUAUAUUGCAGCUGCUAGUGGCACGGCUAAAAGAUCUGGAACAGUACGAAAAAUUUUUGCAGUCGCUCAACAAAGAGGCCAUCGAACAACAGUCGCAGCAUCAACAGCAGCAAUCGCAACAACAGAUUCAGCAUCAGCAUCAGCCGCAUCAUCAUUUGCAUAAUCCGUUUCAAACGUUUCUAGGCAGCUCCCAUACAUCAGGCAGUGGCCAUGCAACGAAUGGCCUGCCAACGAGCGGUGGCGGCUCGGCAAGCAGCAGCGGCAACUCGACAAACAGCGGCAGCAACUCCGCCUCGAGCACGCCGCAGCCAGACGAGGUCUUUGGCAUUAUGGACAUGUGUCCCAGCUGCGAGCAUUUGGCGCAUCAGCUAACGGCCAUCGAAUUGGAGCGUCUGUCGCACAUUGGACCCGAGGAGUUUGUGCAGGCCUUUGCCAAGGAUUAUCAGCAGCAAGCCAAGGGCGCGGGCAGCACAAUCACAGCGUCAGUUGAUCCGACUGCGGGCAGCUCCUCCUUGAAUGAUAUGAAAAAGACACGCAAUUUGGAAUCGUAUGUUCAGUGGUUCAAUCGUCUCAGCUAUUUGACGGCCAGCGAAAUUGUUAAGUAUCCGAAGAAGAAGCAGCGCGUGCGUAUUAUCGAGUAUUGGAUUGAGACAGCUCGCGAAUGUUUCAACAUUGGCAACUUCAAUAGCCUGAUGGCCAUUAUAGCUGGUCUCAAUCUCGCGCCUAUUGGUAGACUUAAAAAGACGUGGUCUAAAGUGCAAUCGGCUAAGUUCUCUGUGCUGGAACAUCAAAUGGAUCCAACAUCGAAUUUCAACAGUUAUCGCUCGACGCUUAAAGCUGCAAUGUGGCGCUCCGAGGGCGCCACAGAGGAACGCGAACGCAUAAUCAUUCCAUUUUUUAGUUUAUUUGUUAAGGAUUUAUACUUUUUGAACGAAGGCUGCUCGAAUCGUUUGCCAAACAAUCAUAUCAACUUUGAGAAAUGCUCACAACUCGCCAAACAAGUGAUGGAGUUCAAUGAAUGGAAGAAAGUCACCUGUCCGUUUGAGAAAUUGCCGAAUGUAAUUGCCUACCUGCAGCAUAAUGCGGUGCUCAAUGAGAAUACGCUUGCGAUUGCAUCCUUUGAGUGUGAGCCGCCCGAGAAUACUGAAGAGAAGGAUCGCUAUAAAACUGUGAAAGCCGAAACGAAGCAACAAUUGAUGCAACAAUUGCAGGAACAACAACAACAACAUCAGCAAUAGUUGACUCUUAGCUAUUUAGUAUACACAGACUUAAUUUAAGUUACGCUUAAGCGCUUGCCAUGUUUAUUUUUUUUUGUAAACUUAAUUUUUACAUAAGUCGAUUAUAAAUUUUAAGACGAGGAAGUUGAGAAUUGUUUAGGCUAAGCUCAGCAAUUAGUUCAGACAGGACGCAUGCGCUGCUUCCCCUUUUAAGCUGGCAAAUGACUUUUAAAGUCAUUUGACUUUAUAGCACUAUAAUGAAGCUACCAAUCUAAACAUCUGUUAGCCUAUUUCACACAAUUAACUGACUACAAACUACUUAACGUUAACAUUUCUCUCUUUUGCAACACACAAAUUGAUUUCAUUUCCAUUUCCCCCACAUUACAUCAGCGGCGUAUGCGCCACAAAAGCAAAUACUUUUUAUGAAACGCAAAGCAUCUCCAGAAUGUUGCCAGUAAUUAAUUAUUAAUUAAUUGAACUAAGCAAACAUUAAAAUAGAACAUAAAGCGAAGCGAAACGAAAUGAAUGUAUGUACUUAAAGCAUUUAAUUGCCGCAACUUAUUUAUAUUUUAUAUUUAAGUUAAAUUCAUGUAAUAUUGGAA